CUAGCCGACAACGCUUACUUGCCCGUGUGGCUCAAGGACCAUGUCAUACAAAACGGAGCGACAACGUAUAUGUGCCAAGCUGAGCAACAGGAUUACCAAUGCGGCUAUUUUGCUUGUGCUCACUACUAUGCUCGCUGCGGCACACGGCGGCAAGGUCACGCAAGGAGCAGCAGAAGAAGAAGGCGGGCAGCGGACGGGCGGUCGUUGUCGCUCUGUUCAGUCCUUACCUGUCGUCUACCUACUUUGACUUCGUCUUCAAGUAUCAGUUCUUCGGUGUUGGAUGCAACGGCAACGAGGUCACCGCCUGCUACAGCGCAUUUGACGACGCGGAGUUAUGCAACAUAAGCCAAAACCUGAUGAGGUUGGACCCCGACGCCCUAAUUAACGCCGUGUUUGGAUUCAGCGGCCAGCAGUGCCCUGUGGCCCUUCAAGGCUACUCACUCGGCGUGACUUCGACCGUGUCGUGCGGCAUCUCCAUGGUUGGGCAAGCCUGCUGAACCGCUGCAUCAUCAUUAGGACCAUCCAGCAGGGGAGGACUGGGACGUUGUCGUGCAUAUGCACGAGCACGCUUGCGUGCAGGGGAGGUGCGUCAAUGCAGCCUGGUUGCGUGAAUGCAGCCUCUCCCAAAUUGGUCGGGCUGGCCCGAUGAUGGCCAUACAUGCGCGUGCGCGUGUACGGUAUGCGUCUGUUUUUGUGAUGAGCAGUAACGGGGGGGAUCAACUCCUGGAUGGAAUGUCCGUUUGUUCAUGAUUGGGUUGGCAUCAUAUGUCGCAUCACGGGCGGCGGGAGAGCUUUUAACAACCUGCACAGCAUGUGCGGCGUGAGGUGAUGCGUUUGCUUGUUAUUGUAAUGUCACUGGGCAGCUCGGAUGGAGGUAGCGAGGAGGUUUGCUGUGUGUAUGUGUGAUUAUUGGGUGUGUUGGUUACAAGAUGGUGCGCAUGCUUUUCUUGCGGGGGGCUAGCUGUGCCCAUGGCCCGAGUGGUCGGGGGGCCGACUGCGCACGCGGCGGAGGUAGGGGCCGGGCGGGAGACGGUACGGACAGGACCGCGUGUGAAGACUGCAUGGGCUGACCCGCCCGCGUCUGGCUGCUGCUGGCCGAGCGUAUCGUGUUAUUAUACAUAUUUACUGUGCCUUUUGGGCUGAGCCCCCCCAGCGAAGCGUUCCAGGGGGGGGCGAAGCCCCCCAGGAACACCCCUGUCCGUGGCUGCGUGGCUGCGUGCGUCGGCAAAACAUAGCAUACUGGCGCAAACCGCGACUGCUACGUAUUAGUAUUUGAUAAUGCCUAUUGCAUGUAAAUAGGUGGCAGGGAAAAUUCGGGCGGAGCGAGAAGUGCCUUCGCGGUCCAUGGACAAUUGACUUUCGCGAGGUCGCGAGGAAAGCAUCCGGUGCCCGCUGAUAUGCAGUCUCUAAGGCAAAAUAUGUUGGCGGCAAGCAAAGCGGGGAAGUAUAUCGAAAGUUCUGAGCGACUUGCUGAGCCAUGCCUGCCGACGCGCCAGAAUGCCGAGAAGCCCCGAGGUCGCCCCCGCCCCGCGCCCAGCCCUUUGAGCGUGGGGCGCCGGGGAGGUGUUGAGUAUGGCAGGAGGCGAAAGAAAUGCUUGGGGUGUUUGGGAGCGUGACAAGGCACGCAUGCGUGGCGCGGGAAAUCCCGCACGGCCCCAACCCGAGUGUCCCUAGCCGAUGCGCCUGCGCGUCGUAGCGGCAUGGAGGCUCUGACGGGGCGUUACACGCCUAAUAGCUCCCAAGCGUACGGGGGCUCAGCCCAUUUUCCGGCUGUACAAAGCUGACACCCCUUGUUUUUAUACGUGGCAGGUCAACUUUUUCGGGCUCAGCCCCGUUUCCCGUGACCGGGGAACACUUGUCGGAAUGAAGGCGCCCACGCUGGUAUCACCAGGUCAGGCUACAAGUCACCACUUUCCCAUCGGUUCCACCAUAUCCCCAUCAGCAUAAUGAUUGCGAUGCCUUGUGCACCUGCAUCCAUACAGCAUACAAAUGUAAAGAUUGGCUUCG